AUGUCAGGGAUCUCGGCGGCUGCAGCGGUGUCCUACCCCAAGGAAGAAGGUGGGUAUCACUGGGCCAUGGCCUCGGGUGAGGGGGUAGUACGAAUAGGCAUCUUUCCAGAAGGCCCUGCAGGAGUAUGGAUCGUCAAUGCUUGGAUCGGCGUCAGUUCCUGGACUUUAGCUGCAGGGCCCCUGGUUUGCUCUAACUGA